AUGCCGCCCUCCACAGUCCAACCCCUUGCCCUCAUCUUAACCUUGUUCUUCCUCUCCCUCCUCUCCUCCCUUCCACCCUCCGCCGCCUCCGCCAUGUGCAGCGAGCUCUACGGGCAGCCCCAACAACAAGCCUGCUGGCAAAUGUUUCACGGCCCCGAUGGCAUCCCCUCCGACGCAAACAGUCAUCUCUUCUCUCUUCCUCUACGCCGAAGGCCGCCGAGCGUACUUACGACCCAAUGGCGAAGGAAGCAGCGGUUGCCGUUUUUGAGGUCGAAUGGGGGUUGCAAACUGGCGCUAUUGGCUAUCGAGCUCGUCGACCACACUAUCACAUACGACACCACCACCUGGGCCGACAUCGUCGAAAGCGGCUCCCUGAUCUACAACCAAUGCGUCUCCCCCACAGAAACCGAAGGCGGAUUCCACAUCCCUUCGGGUGGAUACGUCCUCACCGGCGACCACGGCCGCCUCGCCCUCCUCCUCUACGCCUCCGGCUCCACCUACGACCGACAAGUUCAAGCGGACCUCGCGAGCGGGAGGACCGUUGUUGCGGAGCAGGAUCCUGGGGAUGGAAGUAUCGAUAUUUCGGCCAACACUACGACCGCAAAUACCUUGAACAAUCUCCUCGGUCCAAUUCUCCCAAGAGCUCGGAUCAAGGGUUUGUCAGACUGA